GUUCAGAGUGUGACAACAUAACAGAACACUGCAUCACAGGCUGUGAAGUUGGAUACUACGAUAUGAAAUGCAUGUCUGUGUGCAGCGAUAACUGCAGAAAUAACAAGUGUACAAGUUCCAAAACUGGCAAUCAUUAUUGCACUGAGGGAUGUGUCCCAGGGUAUCAAGGUCCGGGGUGUGGCAAACCAUGUUACAGUCCAGGAGGUAACUGUACUGCAUGUCCAGGUGGGUGUGAUGCAGGAUAUUGUCAGAUGGCCUCAGCCUGCUAUUCUGGAUGUGUAGACUCCUUCUACGGGUCUGAUUGUAAGAAGUGUUCAAGUGGAUGUACGACUUGCAACAGGAAGACAGGAACAUGUGAUGACAAACCGGCAACCCAAUGCCAUGACAACCAACACUGUUCAGACUGUGACAGCACAACAGGACACUGCAUCACUGAUUGUGAGCCUGGAUACUACGAUAAGAAAUGCAUGUCUGUGUGCAGCGAUAACUGCAGAAAUAACAAGUGUAUAAGUUCCAAGAUUGGCAGUGGCAAUUGCACUGAGGGAUGUAUCCCAGGAUAUCAAGGCAUCAACUGCAACAUACCAUGUGACAGUCCAGGAGGUAACUGUACACCAUGUCCAGGUGGGUGUGAUGGAGGAUAUUGUCAGCUGGGCUCCUCCUGUGUGUCUGGAUGUGUAGACUCCUACUACGGGACCGGCUGUGAAUCUGGUAGGUGGCUGACAUAUAACAAGGUCAAUACUAAUACUAUCCCCAAGUCUAUAUUAGAGGAAACACAUCAGGAAGAUGAAGAUAUCUAUCUGCCAAAUGCACCGGCGGAGGAGAGAGGUGCACCUGAUGCAUUUCGACACUCGAAUGCAAUGUACAGUGAAGUCAAUGAAAGGGAAACGGGGACAGUUGUGGUGUUCCUGGAGGAGCGGUACAGGAAGACUGACCUGCUCAAAGGGUGGAUACAUUUAUGGAAGACUGACCUGCUCAAGGUGUUGAUACCUUUAGGGAAGACUGACCUGCUCAAAGGGUGGAUACAUUUAGGGAAGUCUGACCUCCUCAAGGGGUGGAUACCUUUAGGGAAGACUGACUAG